AUGGCAAUAGAUUCUUUUGUAACUCCACAGGACCUCGAAAAGCAAGAGUCACGUGACCGUACUCUACAGGAUCUGUAUGCAGUACAUAACCGUUCUACGUUUUUCAAACUAGACACAAUAUUCAAGUUACUUCAGUGGGGGUACUCAGCCAGAUUGACCGAUCAAAUUUUGAAUUCAGAACGCCAUAUUAUUGGACUACAAUUUACAAAGCAACAAGCAAUUGAUGCCUUGAAGAAAUCGCAUAAAAUCAGGGAAUUUAUCGUGAAAAAAAAAACACUGGUAGAGUCUUUAUCAGCAAGUGCAGACGAACUUAUUAAAGAUAUUUUAGAAGUAAUCAAAAAGGAAGUUAAUAUAAAGUUGGAGCAGAUGACUGCCGCGAAGGAGCUUAAACAAACACUUAAAGCCAAUAAAUACAUGCACAGGGUUGACAAUGUAUUGCCAGAUGUUGAUAAUGAUUAUAUCCGUCCUACAGUGGUUUUGGCCUUUCUGUUUCGUUUAAUAUUCAGUGGAAGGUUGGCUAGAAUAUAUGCAAUAUUUACAAAUGAUGAACUAGACAACAUUGGGAAUGAUUAUUCCACAAGAUGGAGACGGACCAACAUCAUCGGGCUUCACUAUGUGAUCAACGUCAAAGAGAAGAAACCGGGUGUAAAGCCACAAGACCAAGCCGAAAACAGAGUAUACGUCAGAAAACCACAAAAGAAUGCUUGCACCUUCAGUCAAACUGAGACUUUAAUUGUGGAGAACCUGGACUGGAGAUUAAGGUCGAAAAACUCCGUAUCAGAGUUAACUUCAAAUGAUGUUGAAAUUGGUUUAGAUGGUAAAGCGCUAGAAGAGAAUAAUAUGCACAGGUGGACCAAACAUUUUUCUGAAUCAGUGAAUGUUUUGCGUAUCGCCUACAUGCCUAUAUUACGUACAGAAGUUGGUGCACAAACUUUUAACUACAUAUCUUUCUAUUGUAGACAGCUAGCAUAUUUGAGAUUGGAAAGCAGCGAAUUGUAUCAUUCUGACUCUGAAGAAACUGGACAACUAUUUGUGUACAUACCUUUUUUACAGAUAAAAUGCCGAGAACAUAUAAUAAAAUCAUUUAUUUUGACUAUUACAUUUCACAUCCUGGUAAUGGUGCUAAGUAUAUUGUUCUUGAGCAACUGGAGAAUGUCGAUAUCACUCUAUUGGACGAAAGUAAUCAAGAAGAGUCACCUCACUCAAACUGGUAUCAUGUGUGCUGGAGCAGGACAAACAGAAAAACCAGAUUUUUGA